UCAGAGGCGUGGCCGUGUCUGAACUCGGCGUGUAAGGCUUGAGUGCAAGCCUCAAACGCUCACAGUGUAUUGUCUUUGAACUCUGGCUGCCCUCCUCCUAUAUGUAUAGCUACUGUAGAUGACUUAUUUCACAGGACGUAUUUAAUGACCUGUCCUGUUUGUCAGGAUAGGGGCGGCUAGGCUAGAGAAGGGAAGGAAACGCAGCAUUCUUUCGAGGAGCUGGGCCUUUUGGAUGGGAACAAUCAUUGUGGAAGAAAAACAAGGCUGAAAAUAGCUGUGGAAGGGUACAAGUCUUUCACCCUGGGUUGUUUUAUUCAUAUUAGGACACAGAAAGUGGACAUGGAGUACUGGUAGUGAAGUCUACCUUUAGCUGUAAAAGGCUGAUUCCAAUUAGGAAGACUUUCAUCAAGCAGUACUUGCUAAACAUUCUUAAUUUUAAUUCUUAAUAAUUUUUAAUUUUUUUACGUCAAGCUAUUUCUUCAAGUAACUAGCUAAAACAAUCAUUAGAUGCAGCUCAAAUUACAUAGCAUGAAACAGAGAGGCACUGGGAACAGUAGAUGUAUCUGAACCCAUGAGUAUUUGAACAACCAAUACUGAACUUAAGGGCCCAAAAGCAAAGGCCAUCUCUAAAAACUUGAAAGAAUUAUGUCUGAAUCUACAAUUGACACAAUAUUUUCAAAAUGAAAUGCCUCUUUACUCCCUCAGCUUCCACCUCAGAGGUAUGGAUGGAAGAAUUUGUCCCAAUAGGAGCUCUAUUGUUCUGCCAAGCAUGGAGCUGUAGGUAAAGCUCCCCCACACAGUCAGCCUCAGUGAGCCGCUUGGUUUACCUACUUUUUGGCUGGAGAGAUUACUGGGCACUGAGCAGCUUUGGAUCUAGAGGCCUGGAGGUUAAUGCUGAAGUGAAUGGUGAAUAGACAGGCCUCUGUAUGUGCAUGCAUGCAUGCAUCGACAUACAGGGCUGGAAUUUAAAUACAUGCGCACAUACACGCAGAGAGACUCAAUCUCUGUUGGCAUCUCUGGUUUCUACAGAGAACAGCAAAUCUGAUCCACAAUUUACACUUGACGGCACACAGGACACAAGAGGGGAGCGAAGAGAGAGAGAGUGAGGGAGGCAGAAAGAGUAGAAAACAGGGUGUUGAAAUAGCUGACAUGAAAUUUUGUAAAUGUUUUUUGAUGCUAAUAAACUCCCAAGAAACUGGCAGUGUUCUGGUCAGUAAAGUGCCUCUCUUCUUAUGAGAUAUUCAGAAGUUGUGACUGAGUAAAGUGUUUACUAAUCCAUCAAAUGUCACAUAGUUUGGGAUGAGAAGAGAUCAUGUGUGGGACCAUGAGUAUUCUCAUGUGUGUGUGUGUGUGUUAGAUAAAACAUAGAGCUCCAUGUCAUCUAAUCUGUGAGAUUGUGAAGCUUGACCUCAGACGUGGUGACAGAUCUUAUUGUAAAUGUUCCUGUUUGGUUUGAGAUGACUACUUUCAUGUCCAGUUAGUUGUUUGCUUGCUGUAGCAGCUGUCACACACAGCGCUUUGAAUUAAGCACCUCCUGGACAGGUAAAAUAUAGAAACAAAAGAAGCAGUUUAAGUUUGUUCCAUAAUCACAGUGGAAAGCGGUACCUGUGCUCGGUGGAAAGCAGCAAGGGCAGGGAGGAAUUCUGAUGUGAUGGGGGAGUCCGGGGGAGUUUCAGAGGGAGUGAAGGGUCUUCUGCUGGAAUGUGCUAAACAUUACUGCCAAGUCAAUGCCACUCAAGUGUUUGCUUUCUUCCCUAUCUGUCUAUUUAUCUUCCGAUAACUGAAUCUGUAGGUAUGAGGUUUUGUCCAACAGCAGUAAGUAAUUUUCUUCAUCUAUAGUUGGGUGUUGCAUUAUAAACUUUACUUAAAGGAAUAGCUCGACAUUUUUUAGAAUGUAUUCUGAUUUGCUUUCUUACCAAGAGUUAAAUGAGAUACCACUCGAUACCACUCUUAUGUCUGUAGAGGAAAUAUAAGCAUACAGCCAGCAGCAGGUUAGCUUAGCUUUGCACAAAUGCUGGAAACAGGAGGAAACAAAUAGCCAAGCUCUAUCCAAAGGUAACAGAAUCUGCCUACUAGCACCUACAGUAACUUCUGGCCAAGAGGGAGUCCAGCACAUAACCCCCGUGGACAAAAGCAAAGUCCAAAAACAGGUGAGUACAAAAGGUCUGGCAAGCUGUGGCUUCAAUGCCACAAUAGACAGUCUGCCAGUGAUCAAGUGGAAGUCGGUAUAAAUUCUAGUGAGUUAGUGCAUGGGAGAACCAGGGUACUGGAAAGGAGGUGGAAGUGGCCAGGUCUGAUAUGACAAGACAGUUAGUGAAUGAUGACAAAGCUGACAGAGAAUGAUGAAUAACCGAGUGAACUGUUGCGCCAUUUUCUUGUCUGUAUGGUACCUGGAAACAAACCAAGUGUCAUAUUUAGGGUAAAACAGUCAGUCUGACUCUGUCCAAAAACUCCAGGAAGUCUCUGUGACUGGCCAAGAAAUAGUCAUAGCAUAUAACUCCAUGUAGAAUCACAUGUUGUUGAGCUUUAGAGGUGCUUUUGGCAGGCAGUUUCCCACAGCUUAUACUGGAUGUUGGCUGCAGCUACAUAGAUAGGUUUAAAACAUAUGCAUGGAUGGAUUGAAGGUUCAGGUUUGAGGAGGGAGUGCACUUUCACCAGUCUGAACAUAAGGCUGCUUUUCUAAAUUCUUGUGAAGCUGACUUUAUGAAAUCAUCCUCUUCAGGGAGCAUAAAUCACUAUCAAGAGGCCAAAGUGAAGAAGAUCAUGUCCAAGAAAGAGAGGAGGGAGAGGAAGAUGUUCUCCUCUAAAGACGAUGAGCACUUCUUGUUGACAGGAGUGAAGCUGGCUGACCGCAGAGGGUCUCACAAGAAAAUUAAAGAUGAUGAGAAGGAGAAGGAAAAGAAGGACAAGCCAGAGAAGGGCCACUGUUUCUGGGAGAGCGUUACCAUGACGAUGAGACAGAUCUCACCCACCAAAAAACUGGAGAAGAUGGAGGGCUGGGAGCCGCCACACCUGGAGAACUUAACAGAGACUGUGACUGAUGAAGCCCCGGGGGACAAGAGCCAGAAAGGGGACUCGCCGUUAUCUCUCUCUGAGUCUCUAGGCCUCCCACUGGAAUUGGCCUCCUGGGGGGGCCGGGGUCUGGAAGAGGACUCUUCCCGCUAUGCUAACCUGUCGGACUCCAAGGAUUCGACGGCUGCUGUGAGGUGGACGGCCCGCGCCAAAGUCAAGCUGGCCGGCAUCAGCAGGAUGAGCAGAGGGAUUGUGUCAGAUGGUGCGUGGGAGGGGUUUAAAUAGUGGCCAUUUAUAACUUUUGAUACCCCUCCCUCCCUCCUCACCUGUAAACCACCUCACCAAUAAAGAGGAUGAAGACCUGAACCAAAUAUCUGCCUGUCUGUGUAGUCUAGUUUUGGACGAAACCGGUGUUAUUGUCAGCUGGUAUUGAGAUGCUGUACUGUAGUAAAUCCCUGAAUAUAACACAUGACGUUUGUCCUUAGUAGUUUAGUUUUUAAGUCCUUGAAGACAACAUACCAGUUUUAUCAGUGGGCUCUUUUUUGGCAGCACUGCCACUUUUGAAACACUGGCAAUAAAUUAUAAAUCGUAACAAAUGAAAGCCUUAAACUACUGUACCAGUUUAACUGUGAUAGUCACUGGCCUGGCAUGUAGAUAUUUGAUAUUGUCAAGAAAUGACAAGUGAUUUUUGUGGUUGUUAUUUGUAGAGAAUCGAUGAAGAAUAUGCAAACCUCAUACUGAAGACUUUCUGAUGUUAGAAUGGUUUUCAGUUCAUUUAUGUCUAUGCAGCUACAGAAUAGAAGUGAAGUGAAGAAUAUGAGCUUGAGGCCUUAACUUGUACAUUGAUAAUCAGCUGUGCGAUAAUGAAACAGCUUAUACACCUGUUUGUUCAUACACCUGGCAUAUCAGUGUGUGUGAAUGUUAGUGUGUGUGUGAGGUAAAGGGAGAGAGAGACUGAGACUCUGUCUCACGGAGUAAGUGAAUUUGCUGGUGGCCAUGCAUGUUUAUAUUAGUGAAUAAUAGCUGGCGUUACAGAGGAGAUUUGGAGAUCUGCUGUUGUAUUAGGAGUAUGUGAGGGCAAUGUUGUGUUCAUGUCAUAUUAGCUAUCGGAAAAAAUGAGUUUCUGACUUGUAAAUAACGCUCGCAGCAACAUCCAAGUUUUAACUGAUAAUCUGAUUUUUCUAAAAGCCCUCACAUAUCCAACAUGGCAUUAAUAGUGCCUGAAAAACAAGCAAAUAUGAAUGCCUCACAUCAGAGAAGGACCAUUAUUCAACGUAAUUAAACCCAUUUUUAAUUAUUUUGCCAAUUCAAAGAAUUUUAAUCAACAAACGACAAGCUUUGUAAUCAUUCAGAGACCAUGAUGAUAUGAACGCUUGCAAGUCUUUUGCAUGGGAAUCUUUCCCAUCUCUACUGUCUUUUCCCCCCUGGGUCAUAGACGGAUACAUGUUCAAAUCUGAUACUGAAUAUCUAUAAAGCUUGUAAUGAUGAAGAGAUAAAAGCCAAAACAUUAAAAAAAACAAA